CGGCCCGGAGCCUGCAGGCGGGGGCAGCAGGAGGUUCCCGGCUGGGGGACGCGCUGCCCGGGGGACCCCCCAAGGCGGCUCCCCUGGCCCGGCUCCGCCCGUGCCGCUGUGAAGGGACCCGCUGAAUUGCUGCUCACGCUCCCAGGCUGCAGAACCACGUCCCGUUUGGCUGGAGACCGUCCCAUCCUGCCAGGUGCUGGGGAAGGGACAUGGCUGCCGCGGAGCCGGUGACCUUCGAGGAGGUGGCUGUGUGUUUCUCCAAGGAGGAAUGGGCCCUGCUGGCCCCGGGUCAGAGAGCCCUGUACUGGGACGUCAUGCAGGAGAAUUACGAGACCGUGACCUGGCUGGGAUUUCCAGUUUCCAAACCAGACCUCAUCUCCUGGCUGGAAGGAGGGGAGGAGCCGUGGGUCCCUGAUCUCCAGGGCUGUGAGGAAAGGGAGAUCCCAAGUGAUGCCCACACAGCAGGUGAUGGGACGGUGAGUGAGAACGAGGAGGAGAAUCCUCAGCAGGAAGAUCUUGAGCGAGUGGAACCACAGGGGACGGUAUCGGGAAGAGGUGAAGGGGACGUUUCCCAGAGUCUCAAGCAGGGAGAAACCCGUGAGAGUGAGAGCAGUGCGGAGAGGCAGCAGGGAAACCACUUGGAGGAGACACUGGUUAAAUCCACUCACAGCAGAAGAGGAGUGAAGAAAGUCAAAGAAACUGUUCAACAGAGAAUCCACGCUGGAGAGAGACCCUAUGUGUGCGAUGACUGUGGGAAAAGCGUCCGGUACAGAUCAGAGCUUAUUAGACAUCAGAGAGUCCACACGUGCGAAAGACCUUACAAGUGUCCAGACUGUGGGAAAAGCUACAGACAUAGGUCAACCCUUAGUGGGCAUCGUACGCUGCACACAGGAGAGAAGCCCUAUAAGUGCCCUGACUGUGGGAAAAGCUUUGGUCAGCGCUCACUCCUUAUUCAACAUCAGAGACUCCACAGAGGGGAGAAACCCUACAAAUGCAAUGCGUGCGGGAAAAGGUUCAGUCUGAACUCAAACCUCCUAUCACAUCACAGAACUCACACAGGAGAGAAACCCUUUAACUGCCCUGACUGUGGGGAAAGCUUCAGAUACUGGUCAACCCUUUUCAAGCAUCAGAGAAUCCACACAGGAGAGAAGCCCUAUAAGUGCCCUGACUGUGGGAAAAGCUUUGCUCAGCGCUCAGCCCUUAAUAAACAUCAGCGACUCCACAAAGGGGAGAAACCCUACAAAUGCAGUGAGUGCGGGAAAAACAUCAGUCGGAAACACCUCCGAUCACAUCAGAGAAUCCACACAGGAGAGAAGCCCUAUAAGUGCGCUGAGUGUGGGAAAAGCUUCAGGAACAGCUCAAUCCUUAUUCUCCAUCACAGAAUCCACACGGGAGAGAGACCCUAUGAAUGUAGCGAGUGCAGGAAACGCUUCCGUCAGAAGAACGCCCUUCUAUCACAUCAGAGAACCCACACAGGAGAGAGACCCUAUGAAUGUCUUGAGUGCGAAAAAAGCUUUAGGAACAAGGCACACCUUAUUAGACAUCAGAGAACCCACACAGCAGAGCGACCCUAUGAAUGCCUGGAGUGUGGGAAAAGCUUCCGUGAGAAUUCACAAUUUCUAUCACAUCAGAGAAUCCACACAGGAGAGAGACCCUAUAUCUGCCCUGACUGUGGGAAAAGCUUCAGGCAGAACUCACACCUCCUAUUACAUCAGAGAAUCCACACAGGAGAGAAAUCCUAUAACAGCUCUGACUGUGAGAAAAGCUUUGGUCAGCGCUCACCUGUUUUUGAACAUCAGGGACUCUACAUGGGAGAGAAACCCUACAAAUGCAGUGAGUGUGGGAAAAGCUUCACUCGGAAGUAUUCCCUUCUCUUACAUCAGAGAACCCACACGGGAGAGAGACCCUAUAACUGCCCUGUCUGUGGGAAAAGUUUCUAUGAGAGAACAGCCCUUAUUCAACAUCAGAGAAUCCACACAGGAGAGAAACCCUACAAAUGCAAUGAGUGUGGGAAAAGCUUCUGUCGGAACACAUACCUCCUAUCACAUCAGAGAAUCCACACAAGGGAGAAACCCUAUAACUGCUCUGACUGUGGGAAAAAAUUCAAUCAGAGCUCAGCUCUUAUUGAACAUCAGAGACUCCACAUGGGAGAGAAACCCUACAAAUGCAGUGAGUGUGGGAAAAGCUUCACGCGGAAGUAUUCCCUUCUCUUACAUCAGAGAACCCACGCGGGAGAGAGACCCUAUAACUGCCCUGUCUGCGGGAAAAGUUUCUAUGAGAGAACAGCCCUUAUUCAACAUCAGAGAAUCCAUAUGGGAGAGAAAUGCUAUGAAUGCAGAAAGGUGGAUGCUCCUCUGCCGUGGGGCCUGCUCCAGUCGGUGGGUUCGGAAGCCACCUAAGUCUGCACAAAACAGUGGGGAAAAAUUGCCUAAGGACAUCACCGGACUAAGUUCUAGGAUUUGAAUGGGACAACGUUGUGACUAAAACUGAGGCGGUGCUGAUUUCACCUGCCACGUGUGCACCCACAACAGCCAGAGUUUCUGUUCCCACUUGUUCGUGUGGUGCUCAGCUGAUCUUACUGCCUGAACGAGCUGCCCGUCAAAGCUUUGGUUUGUGGGAAUCCAUUGCUUGGGGGCUAAUUUUCUUUGGUUGCCUUGUUUCAACUCAAUUCCUAACUUUACGAGCUACUGAGAACUGGGAUCUCUGCCAGUCACUGCAUCGUACACUCACCCGCGGUGCUGCCUUUGCAUGUGAGAGUCAGAAUUACCUGCUUCCUUACACUUCUCUCCUUUGGGACAUCACACCGUCUGUGUGAGCGAGAACAGCCAUCUUCUAACUUCACAGUCUCACUUCAAUCUUUGUGUACGUGAAUAUGUCUAUGUUAACUUUAACAAUGUGUGUUUCUAACUACAGAGUUGUUUAAUGGGUUCCUGCUUUACACUCCAGACUAGCCUCCUGGGAGCUUCAUUAAUUCCUGUUUUACCUUUGCCUAUUUUUAAUUUUAAAAACGCAGGGUACAUGGUGGUAGCUCUCUUUCUAUAUUUGAAUAAUACAGUGGUCGCCCGUGGAUGUGUGGUAUUACCUUUAAUACAAAACUAACAAUGUAAUAAUGGCUGUUUUAGCUUUCAUGUUGUUGACUCUCCUUUAAAUUCUCUGACCUCAGCCAACCUAGCUAGUUUUGUCCAAAUUCCUUUUUAGUUUAAAGGUUUAAAUAUCAGGUUAAUUAUAGUUGUUGUAAUCUAGUUACUUCACUGAGUUUAUUCUUGUUUACCUGAUACUAUUUCUUUAUAAAGUUCAGCGGCAGGGCCGUCCCUGGGGGGUGCAGGGCCCGGGUCAGACGUCACGUCACUUCUGGGACUGACCGUGCCGGGUAGGGGCGUCUGGGGCAGGCGGUACCUCCCCAAACAGCAGGGCUGGCUCUAGGUUU